AUGCGUCUGCUGCUCAUUCGCCACGGCGAGACUGUCGACAACGUCGCCGGCAUCUUCGCAGGCGUGCGUGACUCGGCGCUGACGACGCACGGCGUGUUACAAGCCGGCCGUCUCGGCGGCCACCUCGCCGCACGCUUUCCCUCGUCCGUCCGCGCCGUCUUCACGUCGGACCUGCAGCGCGCCGCGCGGACGGCCGCCGCCGUGCGUGGUGUCUGCGGCGGCGAACGCGUCCCGCUGCACACGACGCCGCUACUGCGUGAGCGCCACUUUGGACCCCUCGAGGGCGUGGCCUGCCGCUCGUCGCGCGUGCACGUCGACGACGUCGCCGAGACGGCAUCGUCGAUGCGCGCCCGCGCCCGCCGCUUCCUCGACGAGAUGCUGCUGCCGCUGCUGAGGCUGCGACGCAGCCGCGCCGAGGAUGAUGUGGUGGUUGUCGUCGCGCACGGCCUGUUUUUGCCAAAGCUGUACGCGUGCCUGCUGGAGAGGGUGCCGUGGCAGAGCCUUACGCUCGACCAGGAGCUGCUCAUGUCGUACCCGGGGGCGCCGCCGCCGCUGCAGCCCUGGUGGUCCAACACGGCGUACCUCGAGUGCACGGUGAUGCCGGACGCGAUCACCGGAGGCAGGGCUCUGAGGAUGCACGUCCUGCGCGUCAACUGCACGACGCACCUCAAGUAUCUGACUAGGACGCGCGGCGGUAUCGGCAGCGCGCCGCACGAUGCCAGGCAAAGGACCAUCGAUUCCUAUUUUGAAAAGAGGAAGUAA